GGCGCGCGGAGGGGAAAUGGCUGCCGAAAACAAGCCGGAAGGGUUGAAAAGGAUAAGGAAUCCAGAGCGGAUGAUUAGAAUUGCCGUGGGAUACACAGGACAUGCCCCUCCCAAGAGUGAUGACACUGACACCAACGGUGAGCCUGGCCAGUUGAAGAUCUACCUACCUAAGAAGCUGUUGGAGUGUUUGCCCAAAUGUUCCUCUCUGCCCAAGGAGCGCCACCGCUGGAACACCAAUGAGGAGAUUGCAGCGUAUCUGAUCACAUUUGAGAAACAUGAAGAAUGGCUGACGACAUCACCCAAGACCAGACCUCAGAAUGGCUCGAUGAUCCUGUACAACAGGAAGAAGGUAAAGUACAGGAAGGAUGGCUACUGCUGGAAGAAGAGGAAAGACGGGAAGACCACCAGAGAAGACCACAUGAAGCUCAAAGUACAGGGAGUGGAGUGUCUGUAUGGCUGUUAUGUCCACUCCUCCAUCAUCCCUACCUUUCAUCGCAGAUGCUAUUGGCUGCUCCAGAACCCAGACAUAGUGUUGGUACACUACCUGAACGUUCCAGCGGUGGACGACAGUGGGAAGCCAUGUGGGCCUGUCCUCUGCUCCAUCAACACAGACAGGAAGGAGUGGGCCAAGUGGAGCAAGGAGGAGCUCAUUGGACAGCUCAAACCUAUGUGUGCCGGGAGUAGCCUGCACCAGAAAUGCUCCACAGCCAAACACCGCAUUAUCUCCCCCAAAUUAGAAGCAAAGACAGGGACAGGGGAUGGGACUGGGACAGGGGCUGGGACAGGGUCUGGGACAGGGACAGGGUCUGGGACAGAGGUGCAGAACAGUGAUGUGUCUGAGGGGCAGACAGUGCCCAGUCCUGGAGUGGGGGCCAGGAGCAGAGGAGGGGGGGAGAGGAAGAAUGGAAGGCUGCCCAAACCCUCCCUGCUUCCCCAGAGCAGCAUGGAAGUCUCCUCCACAUCCACCAAUCAGGUGGAGGUUCCCGACACCACACAGAGCUCCCCACUGUCAAUCACCAGCGACAUUACUGCAGACAGUCCUGCCCUCGGCCUGGCCAGCAGCCUAUCACAGAGCUCUGCUGCUGUGUUCAUGUCCGAGGUUGCCACGGUAACAGGGGAUUCCGUGUACACCACAGAACACGCCCAGCUGAUUGGCUCCACCCAUGACGCCACCACCACUGGGAUUCUACUGGCUGUUGCCCCAGACACCCAGCGCUUUGAGUUCCCUGGGGGUGGGGUUAGCAGAGGAGGAGGGGAGUUGGUCCUCUCCAGCAGUCUGGAUGCUGGAGGUUCUGGAGUCAACCUUCUUGAGACCAGCAUGAACUUUGACCCAGACUGCUUCCUCAACAACCCCAAGCAGGGCCAAACAUACGGGGGAGGAGGGGGUAAGGCCGAGGAAGGUAGCUGUAAUAGUGAGGGGGGGCUCCGCUGCUCUCCACAGUCACUAACGGCUAACGGCUAUGUAUUCAACGCCACGCUCGUAAACAUCAAGACCGAAGAUACUCCCCUGGAGCAGCCGCUGGAUAAUCAGAGCGGGUACGCUGGCGAGGGGACGGGCCUGAGCCCUAGCACCACACUGGAGCAAAUGGACUUCAGUGCUGUGAUGUCAUCAGCCUGCGCCCAGAGCUUGGCACAGCAGAUACACCAACACUCCCCCAGUCUCUUCUUGCAGGCCUCCCCUAAGACCCCCCUCGCCCAGGCCACCCAGCCCCAGAUCUGUGCCUCUGAGACGGGCCAGAACUCAGACGAGACCCAGGCUUAUCUGGGCCUACCUACUAUACCACAGACUGACUCUACAGGCACCAACGGAGACCCUCACACAUACCUCCACCAACCCUCACCAGACCAACAUGGCCACAGUGAGGAAAGCAGCCAGGGGGGUCUAGUGGGGCUGGGUAGCUUUCCUGUAAGGGUGCAGGAGAUGAGAAAAGACCAGCUGAGCACCAGAGGACCUGGGAAGGUGACGUCCCCAGAGAAAGAGACACAGAAGAGGGCAGAGUUACUCCUCAAUCCUGGGGAACAGCAUGAGGCCUACAGAAACAACACUGGUGUUGGGAGAGGUGGAGAUCACUACCUACAGCCAACAACCAAGAGUGGGGGAGUAGAGGGAGGACAAGAAAUAGGAGAGAAAUAUAUUUUCAGUAACGGGGUCAGAGAUGCAGGAGUUAACAGCUCAGUGGUGGACAGUCCUCAGUCUCUAGCUGGAGCGGCCAUGGAGGGGUUGUACAGCUCUACUCUUCCCCAGCCGGGUGUAGGUGAGGCUGGGGGAGCUGAGGGGGCAGGCGGGGGCAUCAGCCUGGAAGGCUUUGAGGCAUCGUUUGGGAACCAGUUCUCUGACCUCAUCAAUGACUUCAUCUCUGUUGAGGGGGGUGGAGGGGGGGCGGUGGCCGGGACAGGAGGCAGUGCACUCUACACCCCUGCUCUGAUGCCCCAGGAGGAGGUUGGAGAGGGCCAAGAGGCAGGAGCAGCCCCCAUUCAGGGUUCAGAGGUGGAGCAGGGACCUCUGAGAUUGCUGCCAGAGACGGGGAGGCUUUUUGGGGUGACAGACUACUCUCCCGAGUGGUCUUACCCAGAGGGUGGGGUGAAGGUGUUGAUAACAGGUCCCUGGCUGGAGGCCAGCAGGGAGUACAGCUGUCUGUUUGACCACAUCAGUGUCCCAGCUGCUCUCAUACAGCCAGGAGUACUGCGCUGCUACUGCCCUGCCCAUGAAACAGGUUUGGUGAUGCUGCAGGUGGCUAUGGGUGGGGAUGUAAUCUCUUCCUCUGUGGUGUUUGAGUAUAAAGCUCGAGACUUGCCCGCCCUGCCCUCCUCACAACACGACUGGUUAUCCCUGGACGAUACCCAGUUCAGGAUGUCCAUUCUGGAGCGUCUGGAGCAGAUGGAACAGAGGAUGGCUGAGAUAACCAAUCACCAUCAGAGCUCCGAAACCACGGCAGCUACGGGGGGAGGUGGAGGAGCAGGUGGCACUGACCACCAGUCCCAGCUCUCCCCAGCCGAGGGUUCAUUUGAGGGCCGUGUGGUGGUGGUGUGUGAGAAGAUGAUGACCCGUCCCUGUUGGGUUUCCUCCAAUCAGCUGAUCCACAGCCGGAGUUCCCGGGGCAUGACCCUGCUGCACCUGGCUGCAGCUCAGGGAUACGCAGGGUUAAUACAGACUCUCAUCCGCUGGCGCACUAAGCAUGCAGACAGCAUAGAUCUGGAAUUAGAGGUGGACCCUCUCAAUGUCGACCACUUCUCCUGCACCCCACUGAUGUGGGCCUGUGCUCUGGGUCAUACAGAAGCAGCGCUGGUUCUGUACCAGUGGGACCCCAGAGCUUUGGCCAUCCCUGAUUCGCUGGGCCGUCUGCCACUCAGUAUUGCACGCUCACGGGGACACACUCGCUUGGCCGAGCUACUGGAGCAGCUGCAACAAACUCCUCCUACUCAGAGUCCACCCACUGACACCUGGAUGGACAGGUGGAGCAGUGAAUCGGAGCCCAGUGGACAUAGGGAAAGCCCCGCCCCCAGCUCUAACCCAGACCUAAGGAGAACCAGGACAGAACCACAGCAGAGCACCCAGAACCACAGCCAGAGUCAGAGCUGGGCUCACCAGGGCCAACCCCAGUUGCAAGGCCAACACCGGGGGCCACCAGACAACCAGGGAGACCAACCACCAGCCAAGAGACUCAAACUCAACCCUGAGGCCCAGCAACAGCCAGUCAACCCCCCACGCUCUCAACUACCCAACCUCAGCCCCCUAAACACUCACCCCCCCAGACCCAGCUCUAACACCCCAAAUCCCCACUUCCCCAGCCCACCUCUGCAGGCCAGGUUAGGGGGGUCAGGGGGUGGCAGUAGGUAUAGCUUGCGGCAGGCUCUUGGGAGGCGGAGUUUGGCCAGGAGGAUUCUGGGAAAGGAGAGACUGGCCAAUCAUCUGCGUCAGAGGGGCGUAUCCACCAGGGGGGAGGAGCCAGAACUGCUGACCUAUCAGGAGAACAGUGAAGACCUGCAGAUGAACAUGAUGAUGCUGGCAGAACACAUCAUGGAGGCCACUCCUGACAGGAUCAAACAGGAGGGCUUUGUUGCCACGGAGACUGAGACGUCGCCACCAGAGACCGUUGGGGUCAGCGGUGAUGUCAGCUGGUUGGCUAGUUACAUUGGUGACGUGGAGCGGUUUCUAUACUCCAGGCCCCAGAUGCCCACCCCAAGCCCCAUACCAAGCCCGCUGUCUGGGCCUGAGGAUGAGGAAAGUCCCCUGGCUCCGCAAGGCCUGCCCUCCCCAGCCGACUGGAGUUCCUUCCUGCAUGCAUCACUCAGUGGAGAAGGCCCAGACACCAACCCUGCCCACCUCACACUGACAGAGGCGGAGCAAAGAGAACUGUACGAGGCUGCAAGACACGCCCACCACACCCUCAGAAAGUACAAGGGCCGGCCAAUCCAGGAGCAACGUAAAGAAACAGUAGCAGUGGUCCAGCGCUGCUAUAAGAAAUACAAACAGCUGUCAUGGAUAGCCUUGAAGUAUGCACUUUAUAAGAGGAUGACGCUGGCAGCCAUUUUGAUCCAGAGCCGCUUCCGCAGUUUCCACGAACAGAGGAAGUUCCAGCAGAGCCGGCGAGCAGCAGUACUGAUCCAGCAAUACUACCGCAGCUACAGACACUCUCUCAGCAGUCUCCUCACUAAGAGACAGAACCAGGCUGCCCGUAAGAUCCUGAGGUUCCUGCUCAGAUGCCGCCACAGCCUCUUGAUGGACCAUAGACCAGUCAAACGGGGCAAGAGAGCAGAGAAAGGCCAGGGGUCCUGAGAGCCCACGACCCAGUCCAACACAGAGCCCCCUCAUCCUGUGAGCUCCUCUCCACUCUUCUCUUCCCUCUCCUCCUGUCCCUUCCUCCCUCGGUCUCACACAGGGGCAAUUCUCUUUUCCUCCCUCUCCUCAUACCAAUCUCACAAUGGGACUACUUCACAGUCCACACUCCUCUUCUACAAACAGACUGCUAACACUCAAACAGGAGAAUGAGGAGGGAUACAUGGCAACUAUAUCACUGAGACAACACAGAGACAACUCUCCUCUCUCUCCUCCCUCUGUUUCUCUGAGACAAACGCUUCCCAAACAGACAGGUACACUGCUCUGGGAGACUGCUCUGAUGAACAUAUGGUCCUGGCUCUGGCCACAGCCUCGCUUUACGUUCCUCUUCCUCCAGAUCACAGAGAGGAAACUACAUUACCCUGCCUGGCAUCUUUGCACUCUUCACAGAUAUAUCAAUGUUUUCUUCAAGAGCAGAAAAGAACAAGAGAAAAAGAUCAGGAUGCAGCUGAAGAUGCACAUUUUUUUAUCGAACAUGUUCGAUACGGAGAAUGGGAUGAUUGGUUUUCUCAUAUGGGCAACAUUUGCAUUGACAUGCAUAAUCUAUAUUGGACCUGUUGUACUUGCUGUAUAUAUGAUACAUUUUAGGAAAGGAAAACAUAAACCAAAUAUCACUCCCAUAUCCUGUAUGCAUGCACUGUUUUUCACUAGCUCUUCUCCCAUGGCUUUUAUGGCAGUUGGCAAAGUCAAUGUGAUCACCACACUCUGAUUGGCUGGCUAGACAGGUCAACCAGUCACCCAGUCCCCCAAAGAGAAGUACUACACUUGAAUGUAAGAAGAACAUUAACAGAUAGGGGUUUAGGUGUAAAUAACAGUGUCUUAAUUUGUUAUAUUGACUUGUCUAUGAAGUCAUUCUCUGAGGAAGCAUUUUGCUAGCCUGAUGUGUGAGUCUGUGUUUGUUGAAUCUAAUGCAUGUGUUUGAGCUGUGAGCUCCUGCAUGCGAACCAAACUUGUUUGUUUUGUAUUUAUGUGUUGUGGUGUCUCACUUCUGUCCUCAUUGACUAUCUACCCUGUGUUUAUCAUGUGCUCUAUGUAAGGAAAAUAACCUGGCUUUUCUGCUUUUAUUUAUCUAUUUGUUUAAUAUUUCUUAUUUACCUUUUUUUAUGUUCUUUCAUUUAAUUUACAGUAAGAAAAGGGCAUUUUCGCCCGAGUUAGUUUUAUCCCCCUAUUGUGUGGUAAUGUGUGGUAAUGUGUGACAUAUUCGGUUCAGAUGGUUAUCUGUCUCUGUCAAUUUGUUCUUAAACAUGAACUUCAAAAAGCCACAUAUGGUUUUGAGGAGAGUGUCACAUUGCAUUGCCUUGACUUCUUAUAGUCUGUGAGAAGUCCCUAUACUUACUAUACGCUAGCCCCUGUCUAGGACAUGGGUCCCUAUAUUAGCCCUUAUAGAGUUUAGCCCAACCCAUAUUUUGGACUAUUUGGCGUCUCUGUACAUAAAAUGACGAGGUUAUGGGUAUAUAUGGAGACCCCGGAUCUUUUUCAUGAGAAAAGACUGUAUUUAAGAAUAUAUAUUAUUUUACUUCUAUAACAACAGUAUGAGCAGAUAGAGACCCGGGUAUACAGGACAAUUGUAUUGUUUGUAAAUAAUGUAAAUACUAACCAUGGAUCUAUGUGCAUGAGAAAAUAAGACAAAGAAACGGGCAAGAAAAUCAACAUACAUUUGUUUGUGGCUAUGGACUGUAAGGGGAUGUGAACUACUUCACUUUACAAGUGUUUGAUAUAAGUGUUAUUGAAGAACAUUUUGCUAAAGCAUGACAUUGAUGAAAUCUUAUGUUAAACCCAGUGAUAUAAACAAUAAGGGCAGAAAGCUAAAUGUAUACACAACAUGCUUUUGAUUUCAGGCUAGCAAGAAUGAAAUCAUUUUGCUAGUGGUGCCAAUUAUUAUGAAUUCUACUUUUCCCUAGGACCCUAGGAUUAGCGCAGGAGUUAAAACAUACAAGUAUUAAAUAUACUGUACACAGUCAUCUCAAGCAACUGAAGGGUGGGAAAGCAAGGAGAACUUCAUAAUCUAUUAUUUUAAAGUGUACACAGAAUUAGUUCCUGUCAGGUGUCAAAACCAAACAAACUGGUGAUGGGUGAUGUUUCUGUUAGUGUGGUCCUCUGUGGCUCAGUUAGUAAGAGCAUUGUGAGGGCAAUGCCAAGGUUGUUGGUUCAUUUCUUGCAGGGAUCACACACAUACUCAAAAUGUAUGCCCUCACUGUACUGAGUACAUUGGAUAAAAGUGUCUGCUAAGUGGUAUAUACUUUUAUGUUAAUGCAAUUGCAGAUUUGAAACUUUCAUCUCUUAGCUUCAGACAGAUGUUUCCCCCUUCAAAUUCCCCAGUAUGCAAUUGCCAAUAGUAUGGUCUGUGUUACGAUGAGGCGUUUCCUUCCCUGGAGUGUCUUACAGAUUUGUUUUGACUGAGGAUUAUGACCAGUUUGGUUUAGAAAGUGCCUACUCAUAUACAGAACGUGCAAGCUAAUAUCAGGAACCCACUAUAUGUCUCCAAGCUAAUAUCAGGAACCCACUAUAUGUCUCCAAGCUAAUAUCAGGAACCCACUAUAUGUCUCCAAGCUAAUAUCAGGAACCCACUAUAUGUCUCCAAGCUAAUAUCAGGAACCCACUAUAUGUCUCCAAGAUAAUAUCAGGAACCCACUAUAUGUCUCCAAGCUAAUAUCAGGAACCCACUAUAUGUCUCCAAGCUAAUAUCAGGAACCCACUAUAUGUCUCCAAGCUAAUAUCAGGAACCCACUAUAUGUCUCCAAGCUAAUAUCAGGAACCCACUAUAUGUCUCCAAGCUAAUAUCAGGAACCCACUAUAUGUCUCCAAGCUAAUAUCAGGAACCCACUAUAGGUCUCCAAGCUAAUAUCAGGAACCCACUAUAGGUCUCCAAGCUAAUA